GUCUUUUCUUUCUUCUGCCUUGGACCUUAGGCAGUAAAUAUCUUGUUCUCUGUGGGAUCCAUCUCAGGGCCUCGCUGAGAAGGCGGCCAUUAGGGGGAGUCAGGUUUAAAGGUUUUCCUGACAAGGGCUACUGAGUGGUACAGGCAAGAUACUGUUCCAGAUAACGGAUAUGCUUGCUGGGAAAGCUGUAUGUGCAUGCCCUGGAACAUAGGGGUGGGGGCACGCUCUACUGGUGGCGGCGGCGGCUAGUUGCAGCUGCGUAUGAAUGGUCUACCACUAUUGUUUAUGGUAGGCAAAGUUGGCAUUUGGUGGCUGCCGCUGGUGGUUCUGUGUGUCCUUACCCCGUGCCUCGCUGGAGGCAAUAAUUACUCAUCUACCUGAAGAGCCUGUUCCACACUAACCUCAGUGCUGUUAUCCUCAGAGAUGUCUGUUCAAGCUGCAGAUCUGUUUUCCAGAUUAAGACUGGCCUAAGGAAUUGUAUCCGGAUCUGGUUUGAUCAGUAUCAGGCUGAUUUCCAUUAAGCCACUGCUGAGCUAAAUAACCACUUACCUGCAAGGCUGGCCACACCCUGCAAGAGGGGAGAUAUUGUUACAGGUCUCUGGCCCUGACACUUGUUCACUUUCACCCAGAAGUUAAGCACUGGAAUUGGGGAAACCAUUGUAUCCCAGAUGAAAAUGUACCUGCAAAUUCUAGAAAGCUCUCCAAAUAUCAGAUCUUUACUUUGGUGUCCACUGCCUCACUGAAUUUCAGUUCGAUGAUCUGCUACUCAAUAUUGGGGCCCUUUUUUCCUCAAGAGGCACUAAAGAAAGGUGUUAGCAAUACAGUCAUUGGGCUGAUAUUUGGAUGCUUUGCCUUUUUCAAUUUUGCAACAUCAUUAACACUAGGAAAACACCUUGUACAGAUUGGAGCAAAAUUUAUGUUUGUAACUGGUAUGUUUGUAUCUGGAGUUGCAACCAUACUUUUUGGAUUGUUGGACAGAGCACCUGAUGGACCAAUAUUUAUAGCAUUAUGUUUUGUGGUGAGAUCGGUUGAUGCAAUUGGAUUUGGAGCUGCCAUGACUGCCUCUUUUUCUAUUCUUGCAAAGGCAUUCCCUAACAAUAUUGCGACUGCCAUGGGAUGUCUUGAACUCUUCACUGGCAUGGGUUUUGUGUUGGGCCCACCAAUAGGGGGCUUAUUGUAUGAAUCAUUUGGAUAUGAGACUCCUUUCAUUGUGCUUGGUUGCAUUGUCCUGCUAAUGGUUCCAUUAAAUAUGUUUAUCCUGCCAAGAUAUGAUGCAGUGCCUAGCAAAGACUCGUUCUGGGCUUUACUCGCUCUUCCAAAAGUUAUGCUGAUGUGCUUCACUAUGAUCUCAAUAAGCACCUCUUUAGGUGUAUUGGAUCCAACAUUAUCACUAUUCGUUAUAGACAAAUUUCAUCUAAAAGUUGUAUACGUUGGCUUGGUCUUUCUAGGACUUGCUUUGUCAUAUAGUCUGAGUUCUCCAAUUCUGGGGCUUAUCACUGACCGGUUUCCAGGACUGAGAAAGUGGAUUCUCAUCGCUGGCAACCUAGGUUCAGCUUUUUGUUUUUUUCUGUUAGGACCUGCUCCUAUCUUUCACAUUGAGAGUAAACUUUGGAUGUUUGUCCUGAUGCUGGUUCUCGAUGGUUUUUGUAUUGGACUAGCUGGCAUACCAGUUUACCCAGAAAUGCUCAGCUGUGCAUAUGAACAUGGAUUUGAAGAAGGCCUAAGUACUUUGGGUCUUGUCUCUGGAGUAUUCGGUGCAACGUGGGCUGUGGGAUCAUUUCUGGGCCCAACACUUGGUGGAUAUCUCAAUGAAACUCUUCAUUUUGAAUGGACAGCUGCCAUUCAAGGGCUAUUUCCCUUAGUAGCUGGUAUUUUAUGUGCAAUAUAUUACCUUUUGGAAGAAAAGGCAAAACCGAAAAGGGCUAAUUUGGAGCAUGAGCAGCUGAAACCAGAGAAACUCAUGUACACGCAGGAAGAACUUACAGAAUCCUUGCAAAUAGUACCCUUCAUAGAAUUGUACGUAGGUCCCCAGCACUGUAAGGUAACCACUGGAUAGCAACCACUCCACCAUUGAAAUCUAUUGAAUUUCAUAGGUUUGACCCUGUUUAAAUACAGGAAAGAAAAAAAAAAUCUGCAAUACCAGUGAUGCCCAGAAGAUGGUUGUUGAAAAGAUGGAAGUUAGGAAAGUCUAUUUAAAAGUUGUAGAAAUACUUGUUUAUUUGUAAAGAUUUUUUUAUGAAGACAUACUACCUGUGAUGUCGUUUUAUUUCCAUGCAGUGGAGUACACAUCUCACUUAUUAAGAAUUGAAUCAUUUUUACGUUCUAUGACUAUGAAAUGUCUAUGGCAAUAUGCUGUUUGCAAGUCAC